AGAAAUUAUUUAUAAAGUAGAGCUGUCAAGCUCGUGCUGCACAAGUGUUCAAUUCGCCUUUUUCUCCUAAAAAAUGGCGAGUCGCGGUGGAGCUUCUAGACGCGUUCCAGAAAAUGAAGCUGCGAUUACUUAUGUGCAGUGCGAUGGAUUGGCAGUGAUGAAGAUAGUGAAGCACUGUCAUGAGGAGUCAUAUAGUAACAUGGAAGUGGCCCAAGGGGCUCUUCUAGGGUUAGUAGUGGAAAACCGCUUAGAGAUCACCAACUGCUUUCCAUUCCCAAAACAUGAUGAUACAAUGGACGAGGAAGAAUAUCAGCUGGAUAUGAUGCGGAGACUCCGUCGUGUCAAUGUUGAUCAUUUUCAUGUGGGCUGGUACCAGAGUGCAGAUGUGGGCAACUUUUUAAGCCAAUCUCUAUUGGAGUCACAGUACCACUAUCAGACAUCGAUUGAGGAGAGUGUUGUCGUUAUCUACGACACCAAGAAGUCAGCUAGAGGAUUCUUGACUUUAAAAGCUUACCGUCUGACUCCGCAAGCUAUAGCAAUGUACAAGGAGAGAGAUUACACACCAGAAGCAUUACGUAACUUAAAGAUUGGUUACGAGAGCCUGUUUAUUGAGGUGCCAAUAGUAAUUCGCAACUCACCUCUGACAAACAUUAUGAUGUCAGAGCUCUCUGAGAUGAUUCCUGAGGAGGAAGGUUCCAAGUUCUUGGAUCUGGGAACUGCAUCAGUGCUUGAAGGUCAAUUAAGGAGUUUGAUGGAACGUGUUGAUGAAUUAAACCAGGAAGCCAUUAAAUUCAACCGCUACCAGCAGUUAGUAGUCCGCCAACAGCAAGACAAGCACCGUUGGUUGCUUAAGCGGGCUCAAGAGAAUGCUGCUCGUGCUGCCAAGGACGAGGCACCGCUACCAGAGGAAGAUGUCAAUAAACUGUUCAAGCCGCACACAGUUCCACCAAGGCUAAAUCCUAUGAUUGUGGCUGGUCAAAUUAACACAUACAGUGCACAUAUAAGUCAGUUCUGUUCUCAGAGUCUGGCUAAGUUGUAUCUGACUCAAGCACUCCAGAAUGCUAAGGAAGCGAAACAGAACAAUUAGAUUAUGUUUUGAUUUGUAUUAAAUUGUGAACUGUGUAAAUUUUCGGUUUUUAUUAAACCUAUAUCAAAAUUAAA